AUGGCGGAAGUCCUAUCAGAGACGUAUACCGGAGGUCUUGCCGACUACAUACAGAAAGAACUAAAAUUGUUCACCGUAGAUACUAUUGAAGAAGCUACUGUAAAGGCCAUUGCCAUUGAGGUGAGAAAUAAAAGAACUGACAAAAAGGAUGACAGAUCAAAACCUAUCAACAAAACUGACUGGCAGAAAAAGGGGAAGCAGAGCAAGGAAGGUCAGACACAAAAGGUCUACUGUGAUCACUAUCAAACCAGCAUACAUGCCAAAGACAAGUGCUGGAUACUCCAUCAUGAGUUGUGGCCCAAGCGAGAGAAAAACAACGAGGGUAGAAAUGACAGAAAAGCCACCUUGGUUGCACAACAGGCAGAAGAGCUUCCAGAAUUGAAGCAACCUGAUGUUACACUUACCCUUAUGACAAGACCAGCAAAUACUAAAGACACGUAUAACCGUGAAGAGUUAUUUCAUGUGAACAUUCAGGUGAAGCAAAGUGUUGUACAAGCUAUCAUUGACCCUGGAAGUCAGAAAAACCUGAUUUCAAAGGCUUUGGUCAUAUUAGGCAGUCCAUAUUUAUGGGACCGAGAUGUCAUUCACUAUCAAAGGCUUCACAAGUAUCGACUUGUGAAAGAUGGAAAGGAGUUCCACAUCAAUGCUUGCAAGCCUCAAGCUACAGAUAAUUUACUUACAGAUAACUUACUGACAGCUAACCAAGCCACAAGAGGGAAAUUGCAAGAGAAGUUCAAGGACUUAUUUCAAGAUGUGCAUGGUUUGCCACCACGGAGAGCUGUGGAGCAUGAGAUCCAGUUGGUAGGAGAUUCACCUCUACUAAACUUGGGUUUGUAUCGCACUUCUGUGACGGAAUCUAACGAGAUCAAGAAGCAUAUUCAGGGACUUCUUGAACAAGGAGUCAUCAAACCUAGCUACUCACCAUGUGGUUCACCAAUGUUACUUGUGCCUAAGAAAGACGGAGGCUGGCCACCUUUACAUUCUCUUACAAAGGCCAAUCAAAGGUUUGAAUGGUUGAGAAACCAUGAGGAAUCUUUCCAGUUGUUGAAAGGGAAGAUUACAGAGGCCCCAGUAUUAGCAUUAUUGAAUUUGCAGAGACCAUUUGAAGUGGAAGCAGAUGCAUCAAACUAUGCUAUGGGAGCUGUAUUAUUUCAAGAUGGAAAACUAGUUACAUACCAUUUUGAGAUGUUUAGUGGACCGGUAUUGAACUAUCCGACUUAUGAUAAGGAGUUGUAUGUAAUGCAUCAAGCAGUGAAGCAUUGGAGAGCUUACUUGUUGGGAAAAGAAGUCGUAGUUCACUCAGAUCAUAAACCUCUUCUGUUUUUAACUACACAGUCUAAGUUGCAACAAGCUCGCCAUAUGAAAUGGAUGUCUUUCCUACAACAAUUCAAUAUUGUGAUAAAGUACAAGAAAGGAACAACUAAUAAGUUGGCAGAUAUGUUAUUUAGACCACCUACACCAGUUAGUUCCGUAUUGCUGGUCACUAUGCAAAUCCAACUCAUUGUUCCUUCUGAAUAUGCCAAAGGGUAUGACACAGAUACUGAUUUUAGCCUAUGCCAAGCUACAACAAGGAAAGACUAG